UUGUGUCUAGUAGCAGCCAAUCGUUGAGCUCACUUCUAGGUCUUAUCAAAUAAAUGUUUGUAAUUAGAUAGUAUUGUGUUUGUGUGUGAUGGAGUGGCAGUGGCUUAAGGACUGGUGGCGUUUAAAAAGAUGGAGGAACAAAAAAAAGAAAGACCAAAGUGAUGAUGAGUUUUGCUACUGUGAUGAUUGUCUGCCUGACGGCGAGUUGGAGCUGUGUGAUUCCCUGGACCCGCACUGCGAUGGCGGGGGCAAGAGAGUGGUGGUGGGGGUUUGUGCCAUGGCUAAGAAGUCACAGUCGAAGCCGAUGAAGGAGAUCCUCACCCGCCUCGACGAAUUCGAGUUCAUUAAGAUGCUCGUCUUUCCAGAGGAGGUUAUCCUUAAGAAGCCGGUCGAGGAAUGGCCGAUCUGUGACUGUUUAAUCUCGUUCCACUCCAAGGGCUUCCCCCUGGACAAGGCCAUACAGUACGAAAAAUUAAGGAAGCCCUACGUAAUUAAUAAUCUCCACAUGCAAUACGAUAUCCAGGAUCGUCGGAGAGUUUAUGCCAUUUUAGAGAACGAAGGUAUAGAGAUACCUCGGUACGCUGUCCUUGAUCGGGACUCGCCGGAUCCUAAACAUCAUGAACUUGUUGAAUCAGAAGACCACGUGGAGGUGAACGGCGUUGUAUUCAAUAAGCCGUUCGUGGAGAAGCCGGUGUCGGCUGAAGAUCAUAAUAUUUACAUAUACUAUCCCACCUCGGCCGGCGGCGGCAGUCAGAGGCUGUUCAGGAAGAUCGGUAGCAGGAGCAGUAUAUAUUCACCUGAAUCCAGAGUGAGGAAGACGGGUUCUUUCAUAUAUGAAGACUUCAUGCCAACAGAUGGUACUGAUGUUAAAGUGUAUACUGUCGGCCCCGACUAUGCCCACGCUGAGGCCAGAAAGAGUCCAGCGCUAGACGGGAAGGUCGAGCGAGACUCGGAGGGGAAGGAAAUAAGAUAUCCUGUUAUAUUAUCCAAUCAAGAGAAACUUAUAUCAAGAAAAGUCUGCUUAGCCUUCAAGCAGACUGUGUGUGGAUUUGAUCUGUUGAGAGCGAACGGCAAAUCGUUCGUGUGCGACGUGAACGGCUUCUCUUUCGUAAAGAACUCGAACAAGUACUACGACGACUGCGCCAAGAUCCUCGGCAACAUGAUACUGCGCGAGCUGGCGCCCACGCUGCACAUACCGUGGUCGGUGCCCUUCCAGCUGGACGACCCGCCCAUUGUGCCCACGACCUUCGGCAAGAUGAUGGAGCUGAGGUGCGUGGUGGGCGUCAUCAGGCACGGCGACCGCACGCCCAAGCAGAAGAUGAAGGUGGAGGUGCGCCAUCCGAGAUUCUUCGAGAUCUUCGAGAAGUACGAGGGCUUCAAGCGAGGUCACGUGAAACUGAAGAAGCCCAAACAACUACAGGAGAUUCUGGAUAUAGCGCGCUCGCUACUAGCAGACAUACACACACGGCACGCCGACCCGGAGAUAGAGGAGAAACAGGGCAAGCUGGAACAACUCAAGAGCGUACUGGAGAUGUACGGUCAUUUUUCGGGCAUCAAUCGUAAGGUCCAGAUGAAGUACCAGCCGCGCGGUCGACCGCGGGGCUCCAGCUCCGACGACGGUAACGCCCCCGGUAGUGACGGUGAGCCUUCUCUGGUGUUGAUUCUGAAGUGGGGCGGCGAGCUGACUCCGGCCGGGCGGAUCCAGGCCGAGGAGCUGGGGCGGAUGUUCAGAUGCAUGUACCCUGGAGGUCAAGGCAGACAUAUUCCAGGUGAAGGAGGCACUCAGGGGCUGGGCCUGUUGAGAUUACAUUCGACGUUCAGACACGAUCUGAAGAUAUACGCCUCGGACGAAGGUCGCGUGCAGAUGACGGCGGCCGCGUUCGCUAAGGGCUUGCUGGCGCUGGAGGGGGAACUCACGCCCAUUUUGGUGCAAAUGGUUAAAUCCGCUAACACCAACGGCCUGCUAGACAACGACUGCGAUUCAUCCAAAGUACAGAAUAUGGCGAAGGCCCGUCUGCACGAGGCGCUCCAGGCCGACCGUUCGUUCAGCGCGUGCGACCGCGCUCGCGUCAACCCUUGCGGCUCGCUGAGCAUAGCGGCCGCGUUAGAGUUCGUCGACAACCCUGCCCGGACCUGCGCUCACGUGCACAGCCUCAUCAACAGUUUGGUGAGGAUCGUGCUGGCCAAGAAGGACGAUCCCAAGACUAAAGAUACAAUUCUAUACCACGGCGAGACCUGGGAGUUGAUGGGGCGGCGCUGGGGGAAGAUAGAGAAGGAUUUCUGCACGAAGAAUAAAACCUACGACAUAUCCAAGAUACCGGACAUCUACGACUGCAUCAAGUACGAUCUGCAGCACAACCAGCACACGCUGCAGUUCGACCUGGCCGAGGAGCUGUACAUAUACGCCAAGUACUUGGCCGAUAUUGUUAUACCACAAGAAUAUGGUCUAACAGUCCAUGAGAAAUUGACGAUCGGACAAGGGAUAUGUACACCGCUGCUGAAGAAGAUUAGAGCGGACUUGCAGAGAAAUAUAGAGGAGUCCGGAGAGGAGAACGUCAAUAGGCUCAAUCCAAGAGGUGGAUCGGUGAGAGGGUAUGUUUGUGGCAGGUACAGCCACGGUGUGUCGAGUCCGGGAAGGCACGUGAGAACCAGACUGUACUUCACUAGCGAGAGUCACGUGCACUCCCUGCUCACCGUGCUGCGCUUCGGCGGCCUGCUCGACGUAAUGAAAGACGAACAAUGGCGGCGGGCUAUGGAAUACGUGUCCAUGGUGUCCGAGUUGAAUUACAUGUCACAGAUCGUGGUGAUGCUGUAUGAAGAUCCCACCAAGGAUCCGUACUCGGAGGAGAGGUUCCACGUGGAGCUGCAUUUCAGUCCAGGUGUGAACUGCUGCGUCCAGAAGAACCUGCCGCCCGGCCCGGGGUUCAGACCGCACUCGCGGAACCAUUCAACAGCCAACAACGAUCAGAGCCCGUCGGACGAGGUGAAGUGUAUAGAGGAGGAGACGGAAGACGACCAAAUGGCCAGCCAGGAAACAUUACAGCCGGACGCCUCCGACGAGUUUGAUAACACAUUCUCUCCCAGUAAAACGUCCAAGUCAAAGUUGAGGCCUUCGGAUCCCAUACCUAUUUGCAACCUGCACUACACGGUGAGCGGUCACGAGGCGUCCUCCCUCGCGGCGCGACUCAGCGAGGAGCUCCGCGCGCGGCACCCGAAAGACGACGGUCACGCGCUGCAGCACGCGAGCGAGGAGAGCGAGUCCAAAGCGUCAAUCGAGCCACAGCCGCGGGCCCGCAGCUACGACCAGAACAAACAGACCAACGACAAUGCUCCCCCCACGCCCUCUCCUCCCGCGGUGGACGUGUCCGGUGUGGAGUCGUCCACUAACGAGCUGCCCCUGUCCGCGCUGACGUUCAGUCGCAAAAGCGCGGGCGGGGCGGACGGCUGUAUCGUGCGGGGCGCAGGGCGGCGCCAGCGGCACAGCAUCGCCGGCCAGAUGAGCUACCUCAAGAUGUUGGGUCUGGGGGCGAGGGUGAAGCUGCCGGGCGCCGCGGGACUGUUCAGCACCGCCGUCAUCUCGGGGUCCAGCUCGGCGCCCAACCUGCGAGUCAUGAUACCCGCGUCCUCCGCAUCCAACGCGGCGUUGGAGGGUUUCGGCGGCGUGCCGGCCAUCCGGCCGCUGGAGACGCUGCACAACGCGUUGUCUUUGAGGCAGUUGGACGCCUUCCUGGAGAGAGUGACGGACACCGCGGCCAAGGCAGGGCCGCCGGCAGCCGCGCCCGCCAAACAACCGUCGCCCACUAAUAGCGUCGGUUGGAGCGGUCCGUCGUCUUUGAUGUCUUCGUCGGGAGAGUUACCGAGCGGCCUUUCCUCCGCCGAGCCCUCCUCCCCCAACAACAACUACGCAGACAACAAGACGGAGAGUAGCAAUUGGAGUAAGACUGCAGCUGGGAAGUUACCCGACUGGGGCACGGACGCCGCGCUACGAGCGCUCGUCGUGGCUGCACCAGCAGGUUCGUCUAUUAGCGGCGACGUGACGCCGGUGUCAGUGGCGUCCGAGCUGGAGUUCAACAGUAACGAGGCCACCGCCGGCUCCAUGACGGAUCACGACCUGAUGAGUGCUGAAGGCGAAGACGAUGAAGAAACCUUGUCAGCAGACGCGUGCGGAUCGUCUGUCAAAUAUGUUAGAAAUGAUCUGUCAGAUGCUAAUAUGUCAAAAAAUAGUACAUUAGAGAACAGCGAACCUUCCUCUAGCGCCGCUUAUGUAGGAUCGUACGAUGUCAAUUAUCAACAUAUUAAGGAUACGUACAGUGAUGUGGCAUCAAGUAGUAAAAUUUAUAACGUAGGUGAUGACGUAAGCAACACCUCGACUAAUGAUACGUUGCUAUACAGUUCCGAAGUUUCAAAUUUACAAAGCGAGGAAUUUAAAAGUAAGACAAACAAUGGCCUUAAAAAUGUACGUAAAAUGUAUAAUGAUAGUAGUGGUAGCAAAAAUAACAAUCAGUCCGGAUCAGGGAGGUUCAUUACGACAUUGGUUUCCGAAGAGUUAUUGGAAGGGAAUACAUCGAGUGAACCCAAAUAUAGUACAAUAGAGCCAGCGGAGCUGACGCGUCUCGUCGGACCGUUGGUCGUUAAGGCUAAAGUCGGUAACGUUACACCGGGUUUUACAAUUGACGAAGAUUAAAGUACUCUAAGUACGGUUUUUGCUGUUUUAAUAUAGUUUUUGACUCCCGUUGCUUCAUAGUUAGUUCCAUAUUUAUUUAAACUUUAGACGGGAUUUUAAUGAAGUGAUAUUUAUUGCCUCAAACGUUUGUAGACAAAUGUUCACGUGGUAGAGCACGUAUUUAUUCAUGUUCAUGACAUUCAAUGGUUUAGAUUUAUCCUUUUUUGACCUGUUUUAAGCUUCGCAUCUGUCCAUUAUAAUAUAUUAUAUAAUGUUAUUUGUAGUGAAUAUAAGUAUUUUUAAAAAAUAUACAAAUGCUUAUAAU